AUGCUCGUUUCGAAUAAAGCAGUACAACUUUGGGGGCCUGGCAGUCAAGGAGCUGGGCAGACGGAUGAGCAAACCGUCACGGAAAUUCGCUUUCAUCCAUUUUGGCGCGUGGUUGGCUUUGUGCCACAAUCCAGCCUUCUAUUUGAGCUUGCAGGAUACAAGCCACCUAAGGGCACUGCACAUAGCUCUGUCAGCUCCCCUAGUAAGCCUACUAAACUUGACCUUACAUGCAUGGCUCCUCUCAUCUGGCCAACGGAUCAUCAAACGACUGGAGAGAGCCCUUUAUCCUCUCUACAAUCGUCAUCCCCAUCGAAUUUUUCCUCCAGCUCAAAUUCUCAAGUAGUGACCUCGAAUGUCGAAUCCUCUCUGGGCACUUCUCUUUUUCCAACGUCCCCAGCAGUGCCUCAAACUACAGGCCAGCUGCCCAGGGAUCGUGAGUGGUUUAUUUCUACGCCACGACCUACGCAAAUUGGACUUGAUUCCGCUGUAUCGAAUCUCUCCUUUCAAGGCCACCAGGGUCUGGAAAUUUCACGAUUUUCUGGUUAUGCAGCCAAUUAUCUGCGCCUGCACGCUCACGAUUUGAUCAGCCAGAAGGGGGAUUUUUCUCGUUUUUGUGAGGCGCUGAAGAAUGAUGAGCUGGUGUGUGCCAUUUUGCCCUCUAAUUAUAUUGCAGAAAACUCAUUAACUGAUUGA